AUGGAUUUGAUCAUAACUCCUGAACCGCACUAUAUACCCGGCUACACUGGUCACUGCCCUCAACUGCAAUUUAGAGAGGGCAAGACAUAUGCCAAACUAACGAACAAAAUUCUUAUGGACCCAUGUGUCAACCAUGCCUCCGAGUUAGUACUAUCCAAACCUGGAGAUCCGAUUCCUAUUCAAAUUCCUUUUGAAAGUGAAGUAAAGGCAUUAAAGAAUCGUUCCUUGCUCAUCGAUUCAACCUAUCAACAUCCCAUCAUACCAGGUUAUGAUGGAUUUGUACCAAAUUUAAGGAAUCAAGUUGGCAAGCGUUACAUUGCAGCAGCAUCUACAGGUCUAGCUCAACAUGAGGCUUUGGCUGAGCGAAUGCGUUGUGAAAGACGCUUUCUGCAACAUAGAGAUCUUCUCGAGAGUGGUAAGGGUUUGUUUGAGGCUAAGUUACGUGAGAGAAUGAUGCCUAUGACUCAGUAUAAUGCCCCUUUGGUGCCAGUUAGGUCCAGGGCUCAGGCUAUAAAAAUGGAAGAAUGCCAUGAGAUUAAGAAAGAAAAGUUACCAUAUUCCAAAUUUACUGCACCACAUUUUAUGGAAAAUGAUGAUGAGGAAAAAUAUAUAACUAAUGGUUACGGUGGUCACAUACCGAUGGCAAUGACACAUUUUGGUAAAAGCAGCAAACAACUGACAAACAGUGCGCUCGCCGACUUUACGAAUAAUUAUCAUCAUCGCCAGAGUGCCGAAUGGUGUCCCAUGGAGUUGACAGGCAUUGCCAGUUCCUGUCCCAAUUUGGGCCAGUUUGUCAUCUAUCAUCGAACAAUUGGUAUGAUACCCAAGUAUUCAGGACAUGUGCCGGGGGAGGCUUUCACAAUUGGCUGUACCUAUGGAAAUGCAACAGUUAAUGCCAAACGUUGGUUGGCAUUGCACAAGGAUUGACUUCGGGGAUUCGUUUGUUUUGGUGGGUUGGCAUGACGAAGGUGACUUGUAUCCAUUGGCUUUGUGACAAACGGUGUGAGGAGGUUAAAAUUCUAUUUGUGUGUUUUAAAUUUUUUGUACUCAUUCUGUUCGGAUCACUUGAACCUGUGUAUAAAUAUUUAAAGAAUUAAGUGUUAAAUUGUGAAUGGCUAUACAAUGCCCGGAAUAAUAAAAGAUUUAACGAAAAUUUUUGUACAAUGGA